CCACGACAGACAUCUCGCACUUUGCUCCGCAGACUCGCGCCCACAGUGUCUCCGUCCCGGUCGAGCGCCGACACGUCCGCAGCACGCUCGAGCAGACCGCAAGCCAGGCUUGGGGGUCCCUAAUCUUAAUAUCGCUCCUGUCCCCUGGUCGGCGGCAUCCACCCCGCGCCCGCCGCCACAGCGCACCCGUCGCGCACUCGACACCACGCCAGACUGUCCUGCACCGCGAUCGCCCGCACACGCGCAACUCGGCAGGCUUCACGCGACCGCCGCGCGCACUGCUCCUCGGCGCACUGCUCUGGUCGCUUCGUACGGAUCCUCUUGGCCUGGGAAAUUGCGCCCACCAAGCUCAGCUCGACGGCCCGGCCAUGCUGCCCAACAGCGCUCGCGACGCAGCCUCGUGAACGCAUCCCGCGACCAUCUCGCCGGCAGACAGACCCGCCCCGUCGCCCGGCAUGUCGUACUACCAGAACGGCGGCUCCAACUACUACAACCCGAGCAUCCCGCCCUCGAGCUCGGGCCAGUAUCACAACUCCUACGACCAUCAGCACCAGACCGCCGACGCCGGCGACGGCACCAAUGGCGGCGCGCAGGGCUACGGCUACCCCCCGCGGCGCAAUAGCCACAGCCAGCACCAGAACGACGAGCUGUUCAUGGGCGGCGACGCGAGCCAGCAGCCCGCCUCGCCCGCGUUCCAGUACCAGUCGCAGGCGCAGGCGCAGGCACAGCAGCAGUACAACCCGCAGAACUACGGUUCGCCCGUGACCCAGCUGCCGAACCCACAGCACUACGGCGGCGUCAACAGGACAUUUGCGCCGCUGCACCAGCCCUACAACCCGGCGCUCUACGCAGACAACACGCUAGGCAGGACCAGUACCCUCAGCCAUCCGUACGGCUUCUCGCCAACCUCGCCCACAACCACGUCGUACCCAUCCCCGACAAACUACCAACAAUCUCAGUUUGGCCGGACAGCGUCCGUCCAACAACACUCGGGACGCUCGGCUUACUCCCCCCCUCAAGCGCCUCCAGUGCCCGCACCUCCGGGGAGUGCGCAGAUGCCUGCAGACGAUUGGGGCAACUAUCCGACCCGCCAGUCCUCCUCCGCCUCACAUUCGCAUUCGCACUCCUACCAUCGACCUUCCGACCCCCACGCACCGCUGCCUUCGCCACCUACCUAUGCGAACCAAGACCAGCUCACUCGCUAUCCUUCGACCUCGAGCCACUUGUCGAACCCUCUGCCUCCCACGCCCGAAGUGCCACCGCAUCAAUCUUUGCAAAGACAGGACACGCUAGGCCGACGGCCGCUACCCCCGCCUCCUCCGCCCAACGAGUCCGAUAGCGAAGAAUAUUUCCAGGCGCAGAACGGAGGGUACAACCAAGACGAGCUGUUCUCGCAGCUCGAGAAUAUGACGGCCGGGGCAGCCAGUCCCAACAUCACCGUUGAGCACGCGAAUGGGGAUUAUUACUAUGACCAAACUGGCCGCAAUGGCACCCGCGUGAAUGGGAACCACCUAGCACCGCACAACAACCAGGCUGCGGAUACCAGUGAUAGCGAUGUGGAAGCGGCUGCUGGUCUGGCUGCUCUGCGCAUGGCCGAAGAACAGGAACAGGCAGAUGAAGCGCGCAGAAGAAGCGGCGGCGCCGGCCUGUUUAGCACCUACGCAUCCAUACAAUCACCGCCUUUGCCGAGUGCCACGAACCCGCCAGGGCAACAAGGGGUAGAGAGUGCAAGUGACAGCGAUUACGUACCCGUGGAUGUUGGUCUGUACGGCGGAAACUUCGCGCCCCACUUCACGUACGGGGGUGCUCCGGACCAGCUCGUCACACCCAACAGCCACCCAGUCUCAUCUUCCGGUUCGCAACGACGAUCGGAAGCAGCGAGCGAGGACUACGACCCCGUACAUCCUUUCCCGCCUUUCUCUUCCAACGCGCGAGUCGAUACCUUUGGCACAGGAGGCCUAGAGGAGCCCAGUGCACGAAGACGAAGUUACGAUGAGGGCGACGAAUCCACGCUCAUGGAUACCUCGACCGCUAUGUCCGGAGAGGUCCCUGACAUGUUUUUCCAUCCUGGAAUGUCUACAAACCGACCAUUGCCGCCUCCACCAGCAAGUGGCAACCGGCGAGGUCACCACGCUAGCACGAGCUCUUCCGGCUCCUACGAGUAUUGGCGCAACUCACAGUCCUCUCGCGGUUCAUACCCCGCAGACCCGAAUACGAUGCACAUGGUGUCACCGACCGGCACCCUCGUGCCUCGCUCCACAUCUCUUUUGCAACACAGCAAUACACCACAAGCUGUGCCUCUUCCCAGAUCAAAGACAGAUGCCGAGCAAGGGUACAAGCCCCGACAGCAGGCAAACCGUCAAACGUUCUACGGUGGGCCGAUUGACAGCGACAACAACACACUGACCCCAGGCAGUGCCGACGCAGUGGCCAUUGACCUGCCAACACUGCCCGCCGGAAAGCGCUUCAACCCAGCCAAGCUUUCAACCAGCGACUUCAAGAAGUGCACUGAGCCUUGGGCAUUGAGCUCCAUCAUUGCAUGGCUCAAGCACAUGACAGAAGGUGAGAAUGACUUGAAGGAGGGGCCAAUCCGAGAGGGAUUGAUCGCUCUCUUCACGCACAAAGUGCCCACAAUGAAUAUCGCCGAUGCCGAAACACUCGCAAGCCGCGUCGUGGCCGAAAUGUACAAGGCCGGGACGCUAGUGCAUGAGGAAGAGUGGCUGAAAUUCUCAUCGGAGACGAUGACUGGUGUGAUAUAUCAAUUGACGAACGCUGGUUGCUAUGCACCGAAGUUGCAUCAAGAAACUAUGCCUGGGCGCUGCUACUCACACCAUUGCCAGCGCACAAUCAAAAAGCUUGACUUGACGUCUCCGUCAAUAUCCAAGCAAUCUGGUGACUGGGCGACUUUCUACGGCUUGACAAAGGAUUCCAUUGCAACCGCAGACAAGAAGGAAAUCGAACGACAGAACAUCUUGCACGAGAUCGUGCAAGGUGAAGACGCUUAUAUGCAGCGAUUAGAUGUCCUUCGCACGCUUUACCGAGACCGUUUGAUCUCUGCGCAACCGCCAGUCAUUCCUCCGAAGAAGCUAAACAAAUUCAUCAAGGAUGUGUUCAGCAAGGUAGACGCUGUAAAGAAGGCCAACGAGGAGCAUCUCCUACCUCAGAUGAAGUACCGACAGCAAGAGCAAGGGCCGUGGGUCGUGGGUUUUAGCGACAUCUUCAGAGAAUGGAUUCGGAAAGCGAAACAGGCCUACAUCGAAUACUCCUCGUCUUUUCCAUAUGCUAACUUCCUGGUUCGUCAGGAAGCCGACAAGAACAUGCUAUUCAGGACGUUCCUGGAUGAGGCUCGGAACAACAAGGCAGCAAACAAGCUUGACUGGAACACUUUCUUGAAGGGCCCGAUUACGCGACUGCAGCACUACGGUCUCCUCAUUGACUCUGUGCUUAAGAAGUCUAAGAUAGAAAAUGAGGAGAAGAGAAAUCUGGAGAUGGCACGCGACGAGAUCAAGGCGGUUACGAUGGAGUGCGAUACCCGCGUCGCCGAAAUGACAAGGAAGGUGGACCUGAGUGAUCUUCAGGCGAAGCUUAUCUUGCGACCCGGUAUGCAGCGUGUGGAGCUCAAUCUUGAUCACCUCGGGCGAGAACUCAUCUUCAAGGGCGAUCUGUUGAGGAUGGGAGGCAACAGGUUCACGUGGCUCGAGACUCAUGCUCUUCUGUUCGAUCACUACCUGGUCCUUGCGAAGACCGUUACUUACCGGGAGCAAGACGGGGUGACAAAGUCCGAAAAGUACGACGUCUCCAGGCUACCUAUUCCCAUGGAUCUCUUAGUCUUGGAGAGCGAAGACGAUGACCCCGUUAUCCGAUCCGCAGUCAAGGGCAUCGCUGCCGUUACACCGGUGGCAAAGAGCACAUCGGAAGUUCGUAUGGCGCGGGGUGCCGGUGUAAAUGGACCCGUGCCGGGCAUGUUGGUCCACACCAAUACGUCGAACUCGCUGUCAUCAACCAACACUGGUGGAUCAGGGAAGACGAUAGGCCAACCCGUUAACCUAGAAAACGGAAGAGACGAGAAGAUUAUGUAUCCGUUCCGCAUCAAACAUCUGGGUAAAGAAACUUACACACUGUUUGCUCCUACCGCGCAGAACCGGGCAGAAUGGUGCGACAAGCUCAUUAUCGCCAAGACAAACCACGCAGCAGCUCUGUUCUCACAGAAUGCUGAACCAUUCAGGUUAAGAGUCAUGGCAGAUGCUGCCUUCGCCUACGAAAGCGCCAUGCCAUCUCAGAAGAGCAUCACGAUCAAGGGCACGCCGCUCGAUCGAUCGAUAGACGAAGUCGAGAAGCUCUUCUCCAAUUCCGGUCGACCUGUUCCUAUCUGUCGCGCUCGGGUGAACUGCGCCACCGCCUUCAACCAACCAUACGGCAAGCACAUGGUUGCCGUAGGGACGGACAUUGGUGUCUACAUCUCUGAGUACGACAACCCGCGAGGCUGGACUAAGGCAAUUCAAAUACCCAAGGUCACACAGAUCGCGGUACUGGAGCAGUUCAGCCUCAUGCUGCUCAUAUCCGACAAAUCAUUAGUUGCCUAUCACCUCGACGCUGUCUGCCCGGUGAGCGGCGUAACGCCCAGUAACGAUUCCACACGACGAGCACCCCAGAAGCUCUCGGGUGCGCGAGAUAUCGGCUUCUUCGCGACCGGUGUCAUGAAGGACCGAACACUAGUCUUCUACAAGAAGCGUGAAGGCCUCUCAUCAACUUUCAAGGUCCUGGAACCCGUGUACCAGAAGUCAACAGAGAAGAAAUCCCGGAUAUGGAAAUCCGGCCGCACAGAGUUUUUCCGCGAGUACGACGAGUUCUACAUCCCCACCGACUGCUUCGGCAUCGACCUCUUCCACUCCUCUCUUGCCAUCUCCACAGCCAAAGGAUUCGAAGUCCUCACCUUGGACAAAAAACAGCCCUGGUCUGUGCCAGACCUCCGGCAGUCCCACGUCGCGACCAUCGCGUCGCGCCUCCAGGACCAAAAACCGCUCGGCAUGUUCCGCCUCUCGGACCAGGAGUUCUUGCUGUGCUACGAAGAGUGCGCGGUCUACGUCAACAAGCUGGGCGACAUCUCACGCUCCGUCAUCAUGGAGUUUGUGGGCAAGGCCAAGAGCGCGGCGAUGUACGGGCCGUACGUGCUGCUGUUCGACCCCGACUUCGUCGAGAUUCGGAAUGCGCAGAAUGGGCGGCUCAGACAGGUCAUCUCGGGGAGAGAUGUCAAGUGUCUCGACGACGGGCUUAGCGGGGGUAGCUCGCAUACGCGGACGAUCAAGCUGAGUUUGCAGCAUCCGCAGCAGGAGCGCUGCCAGGUUGUGGUCGAGCUAGUGCUUAAUGAGGGACAGAAGGAGUAAGUAGACGUGGGCUGGAUGUGCGGUUUGCACAUAUGGAUGGGGUGCGUGGUGGCUGGGAUGCAUGGUGCAGGGGACGGUACUGGACUGUCCAGGCUUGGACUGCACAUAUUUGCGAUCUAUGGAGUUUGCGUGUGCGUAGGCGGCCCGACCCGUGAUGAUAGGCGGGACGGGCUGGCCUUGAUGGAAGGAGGGUUUGACUAGUGUGCUUGCUUGUUGCUUAAUCGUAAGGAUACCUUUCUGCUGUUAGUCUGAAGCACUGUCUUGUGCUGUCGCAUUGCAGGCUUUUAGGAGCAGUGAUGAAACGAAGAAGUAACGAGCCUGCGAAAAAGUCCGAAAAACUGGAAGUAGUCGACAAUCAGCGUUACAGAAGGCGUCUGUAUAUGGUGUCU